UUCCCCACCCUGCAUCGGCGUCACCCACGACUCCCAUUCGCCGUUGCCCCGCCGGAUUCCCUCUGCCCUUUAUUCCCUCAACCUCAACUCUCUCCUUCUCCAAGAUUCUGACCCUCACCGUUCCCUACCGUUUGGUCUCCCCCCCGCCAACAACCGUUCCAACGUUGUCCACUGGCUAUACGGUCACACCGCUCCCUCGCGUUGAAAUCGCUGCCAUAUGGGUCGGCAACGAUUUCGCUGUCUCCUCGCGCAGGCCACGGACCUUCUUCUCCCGCUUUAAUCGAUUUUAGAAUUAGAUAAGCAGUGGGCAAGAGGUAUGCUAAAACCAGAAUGUGAUUGUCCAAUUUGAUAAUGCUCAGGUUCUAAAUUUAUCGCUGAGGGAAAAUACUGAUGCCACACCAGUGUCUCAUUCUUGUCCGAGUUAGGUGCCACUGCAACAAUGUCUCUUGCCCUCCCACAUGGUCUCCUCUAAGUUCUAACAUUGCUCACUUGCUCUCCUCUCCUUCUUCAUUUUGUGUUCAUGUUAUGGACAGCGGUGGGGUUGUGGCUCUACUCUCUUCACUUUGGCUCUGCUUUCCUCUCUAGUUCUCUUUCCUCCCCUUUGUGGCUUCAGGCAUUUCCCUCCUCUCUUCACAGUUUACUCCCCUUCAGUUCUCCAGAAAGUUUGCAUUAUUAUGGACAUCGGAGAUUUGAUGAGGAGAGAAUUGUGGGCGGCUAUUGAGUACAAAUUCAUUGAGUCAAACGCAAGUGCUAACUGGCUGGCUAGUGAAGAACAUUGUAUUUUCUCUUUUUUUGUUAUUUUGAAUGAACCUCCUGCAGGUUCUAGUGAGUUUUUGGCUGCUAAUAGAAGGGUGAGUCAAGGGCUCAGGACUUGAUGCACUAAUCUGUGCAUGGUUUCAACCGUAGCCUUUUGAUUCAAAGUUAAAAAAAAGAAAAAAAAUUCUUUCUGGCCAAUUGCGUUGGACUCUUCUUUCUCUUCUCGCACUGUGAAGGAAUUGAGCUUAUAAAAUGAUUCUCACACGUUUUCGAAGUGAAAAGGAAGAAAUUUUGGAAGGAGACAGAUAAGGAGAUAUGUGUGGGCUAAUUGGGUAUCUCAAUUACAACUUAGAAAGAGAGCAAAGAUACUUCCUUGGGGUACUCUUCUAUGGCUUCAGGCGAUGGCUGCACUAUAGAUAUGCCUCCUCUGCAUUCGCCGUUGCCCCUUCAUUUUCUCCAGCUAUGGAUCAACUUCAGCUAUCAAAAAACCUUGAUAAUUCUGCCAAAUCAGCGUACCAAGGAACUGGCAUUACAUGCAGGUACCCAGUCUGGCAAAUAAAACCACAACUUCCAUCAAUUGUAUAUUCCAUUCGUAAUUCGAGCAUGCUUGAACUAAACUCUGAACUGAAGCAUCUUGUAAAAAGAGGUCACUUGGUUGAAGCUAGGGACAUGUUUGAUAAAAUGCCUCACAGAGAUGAAAUUUCUUGGACUACAAUGAUUGCUGGUUAUGUCAAUGCUUCAGAUUCUGAAGGAGCAUUGGUAUUGUUUUCAAACAUGAGGAUCCAACCAGGACUUCAAAUGGACCAAUUUGUGAUUAGUGUUGUACUCAAGGCUUGUGCAGCCAGCAUGAACGGAUAUUAUGGAGAAUUACUGCAUGGGUAUGCAGUGAAAUCUGGUUUGAUAAAAUCAGUUUUUGUUGGUAGUGCCCUACUAGACAUGUACAUGAAAGUAGGACGAAUAGUGCGAGGUUGUAGAGUCUUUGGAGAAAUGACAACUAGAAAUGUAAUAUCAUGGACUGCCAUAAUAGUGGGGCUUGCGCAUGGUGGUCACAGUACAGAGGCAUUGCUAUACUUUUCUGAAAUGUGGAAAUCAAAAGUGGGAUGUGAUUCAUACACAUUUGCCAUUGCUUUAAAAGCAUCUGCUGAUGCAGGCUCCUUACUUGAUGGGAAAGCUAUUCAUGCUCAAACCAUAAAACAAAGGUUUGAUGAGAGCUCAUAUGUGAUUAAUACUCUUGCUACGAUGUACAAUAAAUGUGGAAAACCAGAUUGUGGCUUUCGAUUGUUUGAAAGAAUGAGUGUGCUAAAUGUUGUUUCAUGGACUACCAUUAUUACGACAUAUGUACAAAUGGGUCAAGAAGAACAUGCAGUGGAAGCAUUUAAAAGAAUGAUAAUAUUAGAUGUCAGUCCCAAUGAAUACACUUUGUCUGCAGUAAUUUCUGCUUGUUCAAAUCUAGCUGUUAUUGAAUGGGGAGAACAGUUACAUGCUCAUGUAUUGCGUCUAGGACUGGCAGAUGCAUUGUCAGUGGCAAAUUCCAUCAUGACUAUGUAUUCAAUAUGUGGACAUUUAACUUCAGCUUCAUUAGUUUUUCACGGUAUGCCUAGAAAAGAUAUUGUUUCUUGGAGCACUAUAAUUUCAGUUUAUUCCCGAGGAGGUUAUGGGAAAGAGGCUUUUGAAUAUCUAUCAUGGAUGAGAAGGGAAGGACCAAGGCCCAAUGAAUUUGCUCUUGCUAGCGUUCUAAGUGUAUGUGGGAGUAUGGCACUUCUUGAGCAAGGAAAGCAAGUGCAUGCUCAUGUCUUGUGUAUUGGGGUAGAUCAUGAAGUCAUGAUUCUGAGUGCUUUGAUCAAUAUGUAUUCGAAGUGUGGGAGUCUUCAAGAAGCUUCAAAGAUUUUUUAUGGGUCAAAAACCAAUGACAUUAUAUCUUGGACAGCCAUGAUAAAUGGGUAUGCUGAGCAUGGAUACAGUCAAGAGGCUGUCAAUUUGUUUGAGGAUUUCUGGUACGGUUUAAAACCAGAUUCUGUGACUUUCAUUGGGGUUCUGACAGCUUGUAGCCAUGCUGGACUGGUUGGUCUUGGUUUUCACUAUUUUAAUUUAAUGAGAAAUGAGUAUCGAAUCAAUCCAUCAAAAGAACACUAUGGCUGUAUGAUUGAUCUUCUAUGCAGGGCAGGGAGAUUGAGUGAGGCUGAGCUUAUGAUACGAAGCAUGCCAUUUCAAGGUGAUGAUGUUGUGUGGUCUACCUUACUUAGAGCAUGUAGGAUGCAUGGGGAUGUUGACUGUGGAAGGCGAGCAGCAGAAGAGAUACUUCACUUGGAUCCAAAUUCUGCUGGAACUCACAUCACUCUGGCUAAUAUAUAUGCUGCCAAGGGAAUAUGGAAUGAAGUUGCACAGAUAAGGAAGCUGAUGAGGUCAAAUGGUGUAAUAAAGGAGCCAGGAUGGUCAUGGAUUGAUGUCAAUGAUCAAGUCAAUGCAUUUGUUGCUGGAGAUCAGUCUCAUCCACAAAGUGAGCAUAUCUUAAUCAUUAUGGAUUUACUAAGCUCAACAAGAGAAUAUGAUAGUCUGGAAACAUGUUCUCUUCUAGAUAUCAAAGACUAGCAGAAGGUUGGGUGCCACUUUCCUAUGUUGAUAUUAAGCCCAAAAUUAUUCUGAAUUAAAUUUCCUUAAGUUGCAUGAUACUUUUUGGGAGAGGGUUUCGCAAAAAUCUUUUGAUCGCUCACGAGAGGUAUGGGUUUGCUCAUGAAUGAAACUGUUGCAGAAGUCAUUUCAAGGUUCGAAGGGGUUCUUUUAGACCUAGCAGGUGCAGUAAAAACUAGAAGGUACUCUUUCUGUGUGAUUGAACGAUCACUUGCUUAUGCCUAUGUUAAUUAUUAAUUUCUCUUUAAACUAGCAUGCAGGGUAAAAGGGCUGACUUUGCUUGUAGAACUGAAUAGUUUCAUGUUGGGACCGAUUUGACAUUUUUGUUCAUAUGCUUUGUCCAGGUGUUACAGGUGAUGCUUAAAAUCAAAUUUCUGAAAUGUGUCACAACAAUGUAACCUUGUACAAAUUUUGACUGAGUUAAUUAAUAGAGAUCUUUGUCUGAACCUUUCCUUUAAUUCCUUGGGGAAAAAAACACUCUUUUCCUGGUUUUAACUUCUAUAUUUUCCUGGUUCUUCGACAAAAGUUAUUUUGUUUGUACUUUUUUGCAUUUAAUAUCUGCUUUUUGUUCUGCUGUGCACUUGACCAUCUAGUCUAUGGUUAAUAAGUAACCCCACGUCUCUUUUAGCCAUUGUUUGAAAUUACUUUAUAAUGCCAAUGAGCAUGUUCUAACCAUGGACCUUAUUGCUUUAUAAUUUUAAUUAGCAAAACCACACCCAUUUUGUUUGAGACUACACUCUCUCACAUAGUGAAUCUUUAUGUGUUAUUAUUGAGAUGAUACACGAUGGGUGCAUUUUGUUUUAAUGUCCAUCAAUAUUUUGUUGAGUUGACUUGUAGUUGCUUGAGUCUUUGAGGACAGAUUGCAUAAAGUUUGUUCAAUUUGGUUUUAAAAGAAUUUCGGGCAAUCUCCCCCCCCCCCCAAAAAAAAAAGGGGAAAGAAAGAAUUUCUGGCAAUCUUCUAGUGGACUCAUUUCAUCAGUAACUAAGUCUGAAAUUUUCUUUCUUUUAUUGUCACCGGGUUUAAGGACAAGGUUUUUUUUUUUUUUUUUUGUUUGGGUGGAAGUUUAAGGACAAGUUUAUUCUUCCACAUUGAUGUGCUAGUAAGCAAAUCAUUGAGCAAAUGAAAAGGAGUAUUAUAGAAGUUCCUUUAACGUUUGAUAUGGACAUUUUGUGUGUGUGUGUGUGUAUUAAUUCCACGAGUUUUUAUAUAAGGAAGUUGCCACUUAUGGUACAAGUGAAUAAUGAAUUCAACUAGGGAAAUGGUCCUGAAGAAUCUGACCACGGAAGACAAGAUGGUGCUAUGCUAGUUCUCUUGAAGCUCACCAUUGCUCAGAUAAGCCCAUUUCCUGAGGAAAGGGUGAAAAAAAAUUUCUGGAGUCUAUGUGCUUUCCAUCUUCAUGUGUGGCAUUUAGUACAUGAAAAGCAUGAUCAGAUGAGUUUUGUCAAGUGUUCAGUGAGUUUUUUAUGUUUAAGUAAUAUGCAUAUUUGUUUAUGGUUUACCCGUUGAUGCUGUUCGCAAUGUGAAUAUUUUCAUUCUUGCUUUGUUUUAUCCAUUUUUGCCCUCCUCAAAAGGCAUGGACAGGGGUGAUGGAUAUGGAUGUGUACUAAUGAACUGGUUCUUGGAAGUGGAAAGAGGCUAACGCUAACCAUGUCCUGGUGCAGAGCUGCAGGAGGUUUUUUUUUGUUUUGGAGAGAGCUUAAAAGUGGCAGAUUUUCUUGCGAGAAGUGCUCAUGGCGUGGGCGAAGUUACUGUCAUUCUUCAUGAAAUGCCUUCUGUUUGUAAUGGACUGUUGUAGUGUAUUCCUCGUGCGUGCUUUAUUUUCUUUCUAUGUAAUGUUUAGGUGGCUUUUUUUGUAGAGUUCGUGGUAGUCUUGGUGUCCUUUCAAGCUUUAUGCUUGCCGUUUGUACUUUAAAAAAAAAAAGAAAAAAAGAAAGAAAUUUGAAUUA